AAGACUCCAGUCUUUGAGCGAUGGCUGCGAGGACGUGUUCACUUGUCUCGAGAGAGCGCUAGUCUCCUGUGGCUGUUUCUGAGUCUAUCUUUCACGGUGACUCCUUCCACACAGAACAGCCUCGAGGAAACCAUUUCAAAGUUUGAGAAAUAAUAAAAAUCGCUCUUAUUUCCCCGAUCUUAGCUAGAGUCACAAGAGUGCAGCGCGCGAGGCUUACAGUGAGGGAGGCGUGUAUAGUGAUUGUUGUAAUAGUGUUGCGUGUGUGCGUGUAGUGCCAGUGAUCAGUGAUGAGUGAAGUCCAGGAAUAUGUGCGUCAGGGACCCAGGCUGGUGCUCCUCGCCAGGCACAAGGCGCUGCCUGACCUGUGCCCGGCAGCAGAAACAAACACUGCCCACACCGCUGCCGCCGCGCCAGUCGCCGCCGCGGCCACCACCGAGGGCCACAAGGAUGAGGCUGUGGGGCCGCCCGCGCCCUCGGUGGUGGUGCGGGGCGGGGCGGGGGCGUCGGCCUGUGGGGGGGCGCUCUCCCCCACGGUGGCGCCCGGAUCCGCCCCUGCCUUCCCAGCCGUGCCCACGCUGGUUGGAAACAAGUACCUGCUGACCCGCCCCUUCGACCACUCCGCCUGCCACGCCACCAACAUCCACACCGGCCAGAGCCUCUUGGUCAAGACAUUGGAGGGGCGGGCGGCGCACGUCCUGGUGGCGCAUCACGCCCUAAUAGGAAGCUGUGAAGGUGUGCGCUCCCCGAUUGAGAUGGUGGUGACGGCGUGCAGGCGGCGGGCGUGGGUGGUGUUCAACGCCCACCACGGGGACCUGCACUCUUACGUGCGAGUGCGGCGGCGGCUGCGGGAAGCAGAGGCGCAGCGUCUCUUUUCUAAGGUGGCCACCACCGUCGCCGCCUGUCACGACGCCGGGCUUGUUCUCAGGGACCUCAAGCUACGCAAAUUUGUCUUCACCGACCCAGACAGACAAGAGCUGGAGUUGGAGAGUUUGGAAGACAGCGUGCUGGUAGGGGAGGAGGACCUGCUGGAGGACAAACACGGCUGCCCCGCCUACGUCGCCCCUGAGAUUCUCACCUCCUCCUCUUACUCAGGCCGCGCGGCAGACAUGUGGGGGCUCGGCGUCAUGCUGUACACGAUGCUGGUCGGCAGAUAUCCAUUCCAUCACUCCGACACAUCAUCGCUCUUUGCCAAGAUUCGGUGCGGGGAGUUCAAGGUGCCAGAGUGGGUCAGCUCCCGUGCCCGUCACCUUAUCAGUGCCCUGCUGCGCCGUGACCCUGCCCGUCGCCUGGCAGUGCACGAUGUCCUGUCCCACCCCUGGCUCACCCGGCCCCCCCGCGACCACCCUCCCAGGGAUCCCACCGACCACACCGUCCCCACCAUGUGUGUCCCGACCCACUCCACCUACCCACACUCCCCUAAAGGCUCGUCCUCUGCCACCAGCCACACCCCGAGCCUCUUUGGGCUGUAGGUCCCCCAGCCCGGCCUGCUGCUGUAGUCUGGUGCCCACAGUGUUGCCAUACCCACCACUCACUUAACAUGCCCCUACAGUCUGAGGAAGCUAUGGCCAUAAACUUCUCAAUUACUUUCAGGAUAUUGUGUAGCACCAAAAGUUUACUGUACUGCAGUGUCCAGGGUUCCGUCGCAUCUCCUACCUUGAACAAAGUCCGAGAUUGGUGUAGCCCUAAGUUAUCGUUUAAGGUGUGCCACCGCCACAAACCUCGCCCGCCAGUAGGGCCCGCAAGCUCUGGGCUGCGUCAUGCCACCCAUCGUUCAGGGAGUUAUCUUGGGCUGCGCCACCACGUCCAGCCCAGAAAGUAGGAACAUUUAGUUACACACACAGAAGGUUGUGAUGCAGACCCGGGAUCAUGCAAGGUGUGGUGAGGGGGCCACAUGUCACCCUGACCUCUGGUGGAGCAACCAGACGGCAAGGUUACUAUGCCAUUGUAAUGUUAUGGAACACAAGAACAUAGGUGCUGGUGCUUUCAAAGCCUUCACUAAUUUUUAAAGAAUAUUAAGAAAGGAAAUCCAGUCCUAUAGGGUUUCAAAUUAUGUCCAUUACGUAUUUUGUAAAUGCUUUCCGUAUCAAAAGUGCAACUUGUUGUAAGAAUAUAAUCCAGUAAGUAUGAAACUCUUCUCAAUAAUGUUGCAGUAAGUAAAAAUUCACCCUCUGUGGUCUGAGAGCUGUCAUGAAGCGAUGAAGUUGCAAUAUUUUUCACUGAUUUCAGCGGAUCAGUUAAGCAGGGCUGAAAUUCCUAAGGCGUGCUCUGGUGUUAGCUAGAGCAAGAUUAUACAUGAAAAAUCUGUGAUAAUAGCAUCUUCAAGGCUGUUCUUAAAGGCUUCAUUAAAUAUUUGUCUGCUUGAGUGCCACAGGGCGCAGUCCGGCCUUUAGGAUGUUCCAUGGAGUUAGUGUGGAAAGCUGUUGUAGCCUGGAGAUGUAUCACCUUCAAAGGAUAUUCUUAGGAGUCCUUUAGCAUUAUGGUGUUGUAGGAUCAAUGGCAAGAAAUGUAAGAAGCUCUUUACCUCUUUCUUCUGUGUAAUUUAAAACUAUUUUCUAUCAAUUGCAAGUAAAGUACAAGAUUAAUAAGUAGGAUGUAAGUUGUGUUCUGUGUGCGGGUACUGUGUGGUAUAGCAAGAGGCGGCCGUCCUCCCAGGGAGGCGCCGGGAGGGAGCCGCCAGACUAGUGUUGGGUGCACCACCAUUUCAGCAGACCUCUGCAUUGUUUGUAAUGGCAUACAUACAAAUCUAAUGCAUUCAAUGCCUCACAUUUCCAAGCCUGUUGCCUGGCUAUUUACAUACUGGUGUUUUUAACUUUUAUUGUGAUUAAUAGACAAAGAAUAUAGCUGUAUUUUAUGGUUUGUUUUCCGUUUCUCUGCGCGGCAGAGAAUGUUUGCAUGGCGAGAUGAUUUACAAGCAAUCAAGUGCUUUUGUUUUUGUUGUUUUGUUUUCUGUUCUUUACUCUUUUUUUAUUAUUAUUAAUUUUUAUCUUAUUUUAGUCUGUUUAUUUAUUUUUUGUGUAGUGAAGGAUGAGCAGCUACUUCCUGUUUGUAUUGCUUGGCUGUGAAGUGGUGGUUGCCAGGCCCAACUUCAUUAUAGUGUUUUCAUAACUCUGAAUGAAUCUGAAGUAAAUGUGUCUACUGAGGAUAUUAUUAUGCAACUUGGUCAUGUUUGUUCUGAAAGAGGUGGGCAGUGUAGAUGAAGAGCACUAUCAUUUUCACAACACAAAUUAAAGUACAUAGUAUGUGUGGAAGAAUUAAACAUUUUUCCUGAAUUGCUUUCACUGUAUGAGGUUUGAAACUGAAGCUGCAUCUUCAAGCUACCUAAGGCAAAAUAGAUUGAAAGAGAAAUCUACCUGAUGAUCAUUUGCAGUCCUGUUUUAUAGGAAUGCCAGUUGUCCAAUCUUCCCCACCUCUUCCCUGGUGAGUGUGGGGCGGGGCGUCGCCAGCCCCGCCUGUGUAGCAGUGAGUGUUGAUGGCAUUGAUCUGUCGGGGGAUCGCACAUCACGAGUGUUGGGAAUUUCUUUCUCUCGGUGUCAUGCUGAGUAAUAGUUUCCUGUAAAUAUAUAAGGCUGGACUUGCUGUAUACUUGCAUUGUAAUUGCUACCUUUACUGAUUUUUGUAUUAAUUUUGUUCCCAAUGCUAGUCUGUAACACAGUUAGUAUGACAGUUGUUUUAGACUGAAUUACCUUCAUGAAUUUGUUGUAAGAUUCACGGUAAUGCGUUCUCCUGACUUCUUGUGAUUUGUACAUACAAUUUCAUUUUAGAUAUUUAUUUACGUUGAGCCUGGAGUCUUGUCCGAGGCUGGAGGUGUGCCGAGUGACACCGCAAGGCUGGCUGGCAAGAGUUAGUGCAUGCUUGAGUGCCACACAGGGGAGGACAGAUAGCAAAACCAAAUUGAAUGUUUCUAGAGUUGGCAAUGCUUUUUUUACUAGGUAUAUCUGGUUUAUAUGAGAUUUUUUUCUUUUCUUUUGUUUUUCAUUUUGAGUUAAAAGUGAGAGUGUAUUGUGUUAAGUUCAAUUUGGACCCACUUGAGUUAAUUACUAUAUGUCUUACAGUGCAUACUAUACUCAGCUAUAACUUGUGUUCGUAGUUCUCGUGAAUUCUGCCAUAUUUCUAUCGUGUGUGCAAUAUUAUGAUCCUUGGGGUGGAUAUUUAAUUUGCAGCCAUAUUUUCAGUCAUUUCAAGAGUAAAAUGAUGAUUAUAAGGUAGAACAAGUGCAAGGAGUUGGCAGCUGUACCCAUUGCAUUGUGACGGUACCACAGGGUCCAUCUCUCCAUAUCCUACUGUUUAGAACACCCAGUGAUUCCAGUGCUGCAGAUGGCACACGCAGAACACUGUUCCUAUAUAGACUUAGUGUAGGAUGACCUCAGAGUGUAUUUAAUCCCCUACUCCACAGAUGCCACUUCUGUAUACUGUUUAGCAAUGACCACUCGACUGCUGCCUCAAGAUAGCUAUUGUGUGUGUGUGUGUGCAUAUUAUGGACCAUUGGAGAGUGCACACUACAUACUUGUAUAGCCAAAUGAUUUAUUUAUUUAUUUUUUUUUUUUUUUAUUUAUUUAUUUUUUUUUUUUAGGGAAAGAUUGGCAUUUUCUAUUUUGGUUACUGAAAUUUUCCAAGGGCAGCAGCAUAUGUCCCUGAUGAAUGAAAGUGAUACAUAAUGUAGUACUAACAAGAGCAACAGAUAUUAUGAGAGCAACACUGAAUCUUGUUGUGAAUGCUAAAAUAUUGCUAUCAAUCUGUGUUCUUUGAGAUCAAAAUGCAGAAACUCAGGAUCUAGCCAAGUUAGGGUGAACCACACAAUAUUACAUCACUCACAGUUAACUUGAUUUGAAAAGGUCCAUUAUUUUGUCACAAGGUUUGAGUCAGGAAGAUAGUAUGGCAGACGGGUUAUAGCUGUCACUUAACUAAAGCAAGUGACCAAACAAAAAUAAAUGUUAUACAUACAUGUAAGUAAAUUUCAGGUACAUAUAUAAAAAAAACACUACAGAAGUGUAUUUUGUAGUUUGAAAAGUUAUUAGUAUGCCACUGUAUACAUAUCUGAUCUGACUGUAAAAGCCAUGUUGGACAUACCUUGCUAUGAUGCUCAUGUACAUGUAAAUAUAUUUUUUUGUACAUACGUACUGUACUGUGAAUAUUCCAUGUUCCAAUAAAAAUUACUUGUGAAA